GUGAGGUAAAUGGAGCCUCCGAAGCGAUGGCCGGUGUGUUGAAUGCUGCGAACUGAGAUGGCUGGGUAUAUGGGGAUGUAUGAAGAACCGUCUGACAUAGCGCAGCAGCAAGAGAGGCAUUAUUACCUCCUGUCUGAACUGCAGAGCUUGGUGAAAGAUUUGCCCAGCUCUUGUCAGCAGCGUCUGUCGCACACCAUUCUCAGUGACUUGGCCUUGGCUCUUAUCGACGGUACAGUUUUUGAAAUAGUCCAAGGAUUAUUGGAGAUCCAACAUCUGACAGAGAAAAAUCUAUACAACCAGCGUAUAAAGCUUCAUGCGGAACACAGAGGUUUGAAACAAGAUCUUCUAAGGAAGAAUAAAGAGGCUCACAUGGCGUGUAAAGCACACAAUAUGCCCGUACUAAAAGCCACACAGCAGAGAGAGCUAGAGGCUCUUGAACAACGUAUUAGAGAGGAGCAGAGGAUGAUGGAUGAGAAAAUAGUUCUUGAACUUGAUCAGAAAGUGAUAGAUCAACAGAGCACCUUGGAAAAAGCAGGUGUUUCUGGUUUCUAUAUUACAACAAAUCAACAGGAGCUGACGUUACAGAUGAAUUUAUUAGAGUUAAUCCGCAAGCUACAGCAGAAAGAAUCUCUGACAAGCAAAGGGUUUCCCUAAGUCUAAUGCCAAUUCGACAGGCGUACCCACGCCUGCAAAAAACAAAGGAUAAAAUAUCCAUGUAUGUUUCUCUUCUACUUUUUUGUACAUCUUUUCCUUAUGGCAGGAAAAUGGAUUUCUUUUUUUGUUGAAAGAACAUAAUAUGACCAAGAAUAUUCUGGAUUUGUAUGUGCAGACUUGAGCAAGACUGCAGCUUAUUAUUUAUUAAAAUAAUGCUUUACACCA